ACCGUUACUCAAUCGAGCAGAACAAUAGUCAAUACAAGAUGGCGGCGGCAGGUGGUAUGGUGGAAACUCUGCAGGCGAACCCUGCUGUAGUUAUCGGUGUCGUUCUGGGAGUGGCCGGAGUAGUACUCCUCAGGAAGUUCUGUGACGGAGGUGUGUGCCGCAGUACCGCACGGCUGGACGGGAAGACUGUUGUUAUCACCGGGGCGAACACGGGCAUCGGCAAGGAGACGGCAAGGGACAUCGCCAAGAGGGGCGCCCGAGUCAUCCUCGCCUGUAGGGAUCUGACCAAAGCUGAGGCGGCAGCUGCAGAGAUUCGUCAGGACACCGGAAACGGAAAUGUCGUCGUAGAGAAGCUCAAUCUGGCGUCACUGAACUCUGUCCGAGAGUUCGCCGCCAAAAUCAACGCUGGAGAAUCUCGACUGGACAUCCUCAUCAACAAUGCUGGGAUCAUGACCUGCCCCCAGUGGAAGACAGAAGACGGUUUUGAGAUGCAGUUCGGCACGAACCACCUGGGUCACUUCCUCCUCACCAACCUGCUGCUGGACAAGCUCAAGAAGUCCGCACCCAGCCGGGUCGUCAACGUGUCCUCCUCUGCUCACGCGGGGGGUCAUAUCCACUUUGACGACAUCAACUUGGAGAAGAGUUACGGACCAAUCAAGGCCUACUGUCAGAGCAAGCUGGCCAACGUGCUGUUUACCAAAGAACUGGAUCGAAAACGCUAG